CGAUUAUUUGUAGUUUGAUAUUGAUGUUUUACUUUAUAAGAACCAUUUAUGGAGUUAACAAAUAGAAAUUCUGUGUACUAUAAAGGGUCAAACAAAUCAUAGAAGAAUCUUCGACACGGGUGGUUGUAAGGGAGGUGAAGAUUGAAAGAUUUUAUUAGUCUCUGUAGACUGGAUGUUAAGAAUGGCAAAACCUCUGGUAUUAGUAACUGGAAAUAUAAAAAAAUUAGAAGAAUUCAAACAAAUUUUAGGAUCUACAUUUCCAUACGAGAUUUUAAGUAAAGAUAUAGAUUUACCAGAAUAUCAAGGCGAACCUAUAGAAGUAGCAGAAGCCAAGUGUCACCAAGCAAUAGAACAUAUUAAGGGACCAGUUAUUGUAGAAGAUACUAGUCUGUGUUUUAAUGCCUUGGGUGGUUUACCAGGCCCCUAUAUCAAAUGGUUCUUGAAGAAUUUAGGACCUUCUGGUCUAUAUAAAUUGUUAUCGGGAUUUGAUGAUAAAACUGCGUAUGCUCUGUGUACAUAUGCAUAUUCUAGCGGUGAAGAAGGUGUCCCAAUAAAAAUAUUUUCUGGACGUUGUGAUGGUAGCAUAGUAGAACCUAGAGGUCCGGCUAAUUUUGGUUGGGAUCCGUGUUUUAUGCCCCAGGGAUUUGACAAAACAUACGCAGAAAUGGACAAAUCGGCGAAACAUUCUAUCUCCCAUAGAGGCAAGGCAAUGGCCAUGCUGAAAGAUUAUUUUGUAAAAAAUGGUGUACCAAAAAUAUGAGAGGAUAAUAUUAUACACUAGAUCCAUUAUUUGACAUAAAAUUAUUUGUACUUA